AAUGGAAAUUAGAGAAUCUUCUUGUUUGAUCCUAAGCUGCAAGCAAGACCCUUUUUUGCCAAGUUUUUAAGGUCAAAGCUAGCCUUCGUGGUUUGGUUCGUUUGAAAAUUAGGCCAUUAGUUUUUUUCUUCCAGAAUUAAAAAUAGGGGUAAAAUGGGAAAUGUCUUUGUUUUUUCUUUCGUAUAUAAACUCUGAGAUUCCUGAGAAGACUGAGAAAGAGAGCGUAGAAAGGAAAACGAAAAAACAGAGUACCCGACCGAAUUUGAAAACAAAGGCUGAAAUUUGAAGAAACAGAGAUCGCUACUGGGUGUGAAAUAUAUGGCAGAGGUUGUUUUGUUAGUCGAUGAUUUGAAAUUGCUUUCUGGGAUUCCUCGCUGUAGAAUUUGUCAUGAAGAGGAGUUUGAAAGCAUAGAAACCUUGGAAGCACCUUGUGCUUGUUCUGGAACCGUUAAGUUUGCUCAUAGAGAUUGCAUACAAAGAUGGUGCAACGAGAAAGGAAAUACAACCUGUGAAAUAUGUCUCCAGCAAUAUGAACCCGGAUAUUCAGCUCCACCCAAGAAGUCUAAGAUAAAUGAUGAAGCAAUGUCCAUUAGGGAGGAAGAAGAAGAGUCAAACGAAAGAACAGAGAUAACGGUUGAAGGAGUUGCAGUGGAAAGCGAUUACUCGGAAUGCAGUUCAGGCGGUGACAGAAGCGCGUCUUGCUGUCGAUCCCUUGCAAUAGCUUUUACAAUUGUCUUGCUAGUAAGACAUUUUUUCGCAGUGCUUUCAAAUGGAACGCAAGAUUACCCAUUUACUCUACUUACUGUCAUUAUAUUAAAGGCUAGCGGAAUUAUUAUACCUAUGUACAUAGUUAUUAAGAUUGUUGGAGCCAUUCAGAACAGUAGUGAGCAGUAUCAGGAUUCUGACGAUGAAGAUGAGAUACGUCAUAAUGUAAAUUCAUAGAUUAUUUGUUUACUGUAUAAGAAGAGCAUCAUGUGAUGCUCGUCAAAUAACAUUUUGCGCCACAAUUUGAGAUAAUGGAAUUCAGAACGGAAUGCACAUUCCCUUACCCCCGCCCAAGACCAGUAAAGUACUAGGUAGGUCCUUUGGGCGUCCGAUCCCGGUACAUAUCAUAGAAAAAGUUUAAUAACAUUUAUCAUACAGAUGUAACUUUUUCAGUUCUUAUAUUUAAAGAAUAUUUAUUUAAAUCUUCA